UCAUCCAUCUACUGGACCUUCGUCAUACUAUAUUUUUACCGCACUGGCGAAAUUGCCCUUCUCGUCCAGCUAUAAAUACAGCUCUUCGGCUCCAUUUCCUUUCAUUCAGUUUUCGUUAAUUGUUCUUUGUAUCGAUCAAAUUCAAUUCUUUCAAGAUGCAAAUCUUCGUUAAAACCCUAACCGGCAAGACCAUCACCCUCGAGGUUGAGUCGUCUGAUACGAUCGACAACGUCAAGGCCAAGAUCCAGGACAAGGAAGGAAUUCCUCCGGAUCAGCAGCGUCUCAUCUUCGCCGGAAAGCAGCUCGAGGAUGGUCGUACCUUGGCCGACUAUAACAUCCAGAAGGAGUCAACCCUCCACCUGGUCCUCCGUCUUCGGGGUGGCAUGCAAAUUUUUGUGAAGACCCUGACCGGGAAGACUAUCACCCUUGAGGUCGAGUCAUCUGAUACCAUCGACAACGUAAAGGCCAAGAUCCAGGACAAAGAAGGCAUUCCCCCAGACCAGCAGCGUCUAAUCUUCGCCGGAAAGCAACUCGAGGAUGGGCGUACCUUGGCCGACUAUAACAUCCAGAAGGAGUCUACCCUUCACCUUGUCCUACGUCUUCGUGGUGGCAUGCAAAUUUUCGUUAAGACCCUGACCGGUAAAACCAUCACCCUCGAGGUUGAAUCAUCUGAUACCAUCGAUAACGUCAAGGCAAAGAUCCAGGACAAGGAGGGAAUUCCCCCAGACCAACAAAGACUUAUCUUCGCCGGGAAGCAACUAGAAGAUGGUCGUACCCUUGCCGAUUAUAACAUCCAGAAGGAAUCCACCCUCCACCUUGUGUUGCGUCUUCGUGGUGGUAUGCAGAUUUUCGUUAAGACGUUGACCGGAAAGACCAUCACCCUAGAGGUUGAGAGUUCGGACACCAUUGACAACGUCAAGGCUAAGAUCCAAGACAAGGAGGGAAUCCCACCUGACCAGCAGAGGCUGAUCUUCGCCGGAAAGCAGCUGGAAGACGGAAGGACUUUGGCUGAUUAUAACAUCCAGAAGGAGUCAACCUUGCACUUGGUGCUUCGUCUUAGGGGUGGGAUGCAGAUCUUUGUGAAGACCUUGACCGGAAAGACCAUCACCUUGGAGGUGGAGAGUUCUGACACGAUUGAUAAUGUGAAAGCUAAAAUUCAGGACAAGGAAGGCAUUCCUCCGGAUCAGCAGAGGCUGAUCUUCGCUGGGAAGCAGCUAGAGGAUGGAAGGACUCUCGCUGAUUACAACAUUCAGAAGGAAUCUACCCUUCACCUCGUCCUGCGUCUCCGUGGUGGUUUCUAGAUGGUGGUGGAUGUUGUUGGGUCUUGAUGAUUGUCUUUCUUUGAAUGCUUUCUGAAUGUUAAUGGGUUGAAGAUCUGUACUUGGAAACAGCGGCCUGUAGGCCCUAUUAUUGCUGUUAAAUAAAAAUUGAUUUCUCGAAAUGUUGUUUUUGUUUAUGUGAAUCUGUACUUUACUUUCUAGUGUAAUGAACAUCCGAAUGGUGUAUUGCA